GACCCUUUGAUGGUUUUAUUAUGCUUGUGACAACUGCAUCAUUAGCUCUUUAUGUCGGACAUAUUAUUGCAAACCUUACUCUUGUUGUUCCAGUUGUUGCAUCUAUUCUUGUUGGCUUUAGUAUAUUUUUCACUAUGUAUCCUUAUGAUCCUGUUACAUUAGCUUGUCCGACAUGGACUGGAGUUUGGUUGAUAUUGUCCAUUAUUGGAGGUUACUUGACUCCACGUGACCGCUUAGACGCUGCUCAACGUCGCUUUGAACGAGUGCAAGAUCUUAUGGGUGCAACAUAUGUCAAAGUCAAUUCAGAACAUGAUCGAGGUGACAAGCAGUACUUGGAUGAGGAGAAAGCCGAUUACAGCAGUUCAUUGACACAGGAAGCAGGGCAAGUGGACAAGCAACCAAGCUAUAUAGAUGACGAAGUGAUAGGAGCAAGUUCCCAGAGUCAUUAAUUGAACGAUAUUUAGUUGAGAAGAGUUUUAUGAAAUGUGAAGGUAUGAAAUGACAAAGUCUCUGUUUGUUAAUCGAAUUAUUUAACAAAUGGAAAAGUAAAGUGUAUUUCUCAAGU